AAUAAACAAGGCUCGGGCACUAUCAAACCUUUUUCCUAAAAAGCAAAAAGCUGCUUCUGCUGCUUCACAAGAUUUAUUUGAUGACUUUCAGGUUGAUAACGAAGAGUUGACGCUAAUCGAGGAUUCAUUGAUGAUUGAUGAUGCUUCUUCGGACAACAAGAAAAAACAGCUACUGUCAGUCAGCAGUGAUGAUGCUUCUUCGGACAACAAGGAAAAACAGCUGCUGUCAGUCAGCAGUGAUUUUAUUUCUUUAGAAGAAGAAGAGAAAGAAAACAUAUCAAAUGGCGGGCAGACCCCCGAAAAAACAUUUAUCCAUGGACAGUGGCAACCACGAAUAUCUCAGUCAGCGGCUGAUAAAGUAAUUGCAAGAAUGUAUAAUUAUUCCUUUUCUGAUCGGGAAAGAUAUUAUCUCCGGCUAUUACUUCUUCACGUCAAAGGGACGACUUGCUUCAGAGAUGUUAGAACUUAUUAAUAUGAAAAUAUUAUUUACACAUCAUUUCGAGAAGCUGCUCAAGCAAGGGGGCUACUUUUUGACGAUCAAGAAUGGGAAAGAUGUUUGGAUGAAGCAAUUGGUUUCAAACUUCCUCGGCAAUUACGACAGCUGUUUGCGUUAAUUUGCGUGUUUUGUGAAGUAACUGAUCCUAAUGCUCUUUGGGAAAAAUUUGCAUCACAUUUUAUCGAAAACUUUACAAGAUCCCGCCCUGAAAUAUUAUCCAAACAGUUGG